AUGGCCGAUAAAACAGUUAUUAAGCCUACUGCUUCAGCUCCUGCUAUCGAUACUUCUAAAUGGCCUCUUCUUUUGAAGAACUAUGAUCAGUUGAAUGUUCGUACCGGUCAUUACACUCCCAUUCCUAGUGGUUGUUCUCCUUUGAAGCGUCCUCUUGAUGAGUACGUUCGUUAUGGUGUUAUCAAUCUUGAUAAGCCUGCCAACCCUUCUUCCCAUGAGGUUGUUGCUUGGAUCAAGCGUAUUCUUCGUGUUGAAAAGACUGGUCACUCUGGUACCCUUGAUCCCAAGGUUACUGGCGGUUUGAUUGUCUGUGUUGACAGAGCCACUCGUUUGGUCAAGUCUCAACAAGGUGCUGGUAAAGAGUAUGUCUGUAUUCUCCGUCUCCACGAUGCCAUUGAUAGCGAAAAGAAGUUGUCCCAAGCUAUUGAAACCUUGACUGGUGCUCUUUUCCAACGUCCUCCUCUCAUCUCUGCCGUCAAGCGUCAAUUGCGUGUUCGUACCAUCCACGAAAGCAAGUUGCUUGAAUUCGACAACGACCGCCAUCUUGCCGUCUUCUGGGCUUCUUGUGAAGCUGGUACUUACAUGCGUACUCUCUGUGUUCACUUGGGUCUUUUGCUCGGUGUUGGUGGUCAUAUGCAAGAACUUCGUCGUGUUCGUUCCGGUACUACAUCCGAAAAUGAUGAUAUUGUCACUAUGCACGAUGUUUUGGAUGCCCAAUGGUUGUAUGACAACACCAAGGACGAGACUUACCUCCGUCGUGUUGUUCGUCCCUUGGAAUCUCUUUUGACCAACUACAAGCGUGUCGUUGUCAAGGACAGUGCUGUCAAUGCUCUCUGUUACGGUGCCAAGCUCAUGCUUCCUGGUCUCUUGCGUUUCGAGAGCGGUAUUGAGAUCAACGAUGAGAUUGUUUUGAUGACCACCAAGGGUGAAGCUAUUGCUCUUGCCUACGCACAAAUGACUACUGCUGUCAUGGCCACUUGCGAUCACGGUGUUGUUGCCAAGGUCAAGCGUGUUAUCAUGGAGCGUGACACAUAUCCUCGUAGAUGGGGUAUGGGCCCUGUUGCACUCGCCAAGAAGAAGCUCAAGACUGAGGGUAAGCUCGACAAGUACGGUCGUAUCACUGAAGAGACUCCUGCCGUCUGGAAGUCAGCCUACGUUGAUUAUGCCAACAAUGCCGAUGGCAAGCAACCCGAGCCCGUUUUCGGCACUAGCUCAGAGACCAUUGUCACUGCUGCUGGUAUGGCUCCCAAGAUCACAGUUCUCGAUGUUGCCGCCAAGGACAACGCCCCUGCCAAGCGUGCUCGUGAGGAAGAUGUUGAGGAGGCCGAAACCAAGAAAGCAAAGAAGGAGAAGAAGGAGAAGAAGAGCAAAAAGGAGAAGAAAAGCAAGGCUUAA